AUACGGCCGGACCAGUGAACGGGGUCGUCUCCAUCGCCGGCCACCGUUUGCACCGAUGGCUGAUUUACCACGUUGACCUCUCAAACACCUGCUGGUGUGUGUCCCCCAGACCUGGCCUCAGCCUGACAGUGAACACACCCCGUUCACACACCUACAAUGAGAUGCUGAGCGAAGGUUUGUGCCAAACCUCGCUAUAAACAAAUAAACAAACGCACAAACAGGGCAUCCUGCCAUCGAAACCAAGAAGAAGGGACGCGCGUGUGCUGACCAGUCAGGACAAGAUGAGCCCAAUAGAAACGGGCAAGCGGCGGAGGCCCGUCCCUGAGCCGCCAUGGCGUUGGCGCCCCUAUCAGGCAGGGUGUGGCCGUGACGAGUUUACAGCCCCUAAGCAAAGGGUAAAGUUCCCCUGGGGCGGCGUGCAUUAGGACAGUCGGCACAGCGCCACGCUCGUCUGCACUCUGUACGAAGGCCCACUCGGUGACCAUGUCCACCGCCGUCGAGGUGACCGGCUUCGUGCUGUGUGUGGCCGCCUGGUUGCUCAGCGGCAUGGCGCUUGCCAACGACUACUGGAAGGUGUCUUCGUUCUCGGGCAGUGUGAUCACGUCGGCGCGGCAGUACGAGAACCUCUGGCACUCCUGCGCAGAGAGCAGCACCGGCAUCACCAAUUGCCGCGACUUCGAAUCCAUGCUCUCGCUGUCGGCCUACAUGCAGGCGUGUCGUGCGCUCAUGAUCAUCUCCAUGAUCCUCGGCCUCAUCGGAGUCAUCGCCUCCAUCAUGGGCCUGAAAUGCACCAAGAUCAGCUCAAGUGCCGAUGACACCAAGGCCAAGAUGGCCACGACCAGCGGCGCCAUCUACAUCUUGUCGGGCCUGUGUGUGCUGACGGCCGUGAGCUGGUACGCCUCCCGCGUCGUGCAGGACUUCAACAACCCGUUCUACUUCGACCUCAAGUACGAGUUCGGUGCCGGACUCUACAUGGGCUGGGGAGCCGCGGGCCUCUCCAUGGUGGGAGGAGCCUUCCUCUGCUGCUCCUUCAGAAGGACGAUGAAGGGAUCGGCGAACGGGGGAUACUAUGACAAGAGGAGCCAAGGCCAAGUGUACAGAGCAGCGGCCGCGUCCGAGGCGUCGAAGGCCUUCGUGUGAUGUGUUCGCUGGCACCAGCUUCUUCGCGCUGCUCCUUUUUCCUCUUCUCUCUUUUCCGUGUAAUUUCGGCCUCUUUCUUCUUCACUCCUGAUGAGCGUUAAUCAGAAGCCCAUUCAGUUAUUAGACAUGAAUCAGUC